AUGAACAGUUCCCAAGUGGGCGCUUCGCCCCCAGCCACCGGGCUGAGCUCUUGCUGCAACCAGUCCGGGGAGCCGCUGGAGCCCCCCGAGGGGACGCACGUCGUGCAAGCGGCGGUGCUGGGAGUGCUGUCGCUGCUCGUGCUCUGCGGGGUCCUGUUCCUGGGCGGUGGCCUCCUCCUCCGCGCCCAGGGCCUGAUGGCGAUGCUGGUCCGCGAGCGGCGCGCGUCCCGCGAGGCCGAGCCCAGCAGUGCCAGCGGAGGCGAGGACGACUCCUAG